CCACAAAAUCAAGGCACUGGGCCCUCUUGUCGUAACGGGAUGGGGGCUUGAUCGCCGCGGCUAAACGCUUGAAACGACGACACUACGUCGCCCGAGGUGUGGCGCAAGCGUGCCGAAUUUCAAAUCGUCUCAGCUCCACUGCAGCGACCAGGCAGCGCCGAAAGACAGGUAGUAAGCUGGCACAGCUGGGCGGAUGGAGGCUUGACUUGCUUGGUGUCUUGGAGCUGCACCACAAGCUAGGAACACAAGAAAGGCGUAUGUUGCGAGCUACAGUAAGCUCUCCAACAAUGGCAACUGAGUGUAAUUCCGUGCUGCAAUCCCUCCCACAGAUGAGAGCACCUCGAAGACCGAAGCCACGUUGUUGCUGUAGAAGUCCGUCUACAUCUCCGCCAGGAUCACCACGGUGCUAUCCCCAGUUUCGGCCAACAAUCUGGGUCACUUCGCUUACGGGAACGCAAUUGACUGAUCGGCCAACGAAUCGAAUUAAUCUGCCCCGUGGGCAGGCGCCAUUCGCUGCCAACUCGUCCACCUGCAACACUUGUUUGCGAACAAGGUACGAUGACGUGUUGCAGCUUCCCUACUUGUUUCGCACCAGACCCGAUGCGAUUGGUGCGUUUUCCACAUCGCAACGCCUCCAUCUGACUGCCAGGGUUCAAACGAGGUCGCGGAGCGCCGGCCGUACGACGUAUCGGACUUUUUCAAGUUGCUGUGGCUGGUGCCCGUGUCACCGGGCCAGUCGGCGAAAACGGGACUCAGGCUGCGACGUCGUGUGCUGGCAGAUCUAAUUUGACAUUGGUCUCGAUAUGUACCACUGUAGGCUGAAUGCGAAACCUCGUUUCGUGAUGUGGCAUUGUGUCACAAGCACCGAGACGAAAUGUGGACUU